AUGCCAGACCACGAGUUCCUCUCCGUGCGCGUCUCUGCCCAUCGAACCCACAGCCGGAUACCCACAGCGAGCCCCUGUGGCGCAUCGAUUGUUCCGUACCGGUAUCUUCAGUGGUCGCUGGUCGGUGGCACUGGUAACCGCUCCUGUACUGACAGAUGGCCGCCACAAGCUCGAAACAAUGACGAGAAGUCGUCCUUACCAUGCGCUGCGCUAAGAGCCAAUAAGGCGUUGCCGCACCAGCAGCCCAUACCCGCGUUCCAGUACAUCAAGAGUUACAUCGCUGCUGGCGGGAAUGUGGGAAAUUCUCCGAGUAAAGGAAUGCUUCUGGUGCUUGGCAUAGUAUCCGUAGUUACUGGGACACCAUAUUUUCCUCGAGAAUCUGCAUCUGUCCUUGUAUAUCCACUCUACGCGUGCUUGGUUGUCAAAGAACACGGUCGCGUGUGCCUCUUUUUUCUCUCAUUUGGUCUGGAGCCCUUGCCUCUCAGUCCUGAUCUCACCACACAAUAUACGCAAUUGUCAAAGUAUGGAAAACCCCCAACCUGUCUCGACAACCAGAUGAAAUACAAAUUCCUGGCAAAGCUCGGCGCGAACCCCAGUCUGGACCACCAAUAUUCUGGCGAGGCUACGAGGCGGCUAGCUGUGGACAGUAAACAUUCCUAG